ACUCGAAGUCGCAUGGGUCGUUGCAAAUGCCCUCGCCGAUUUGCACGAAGCUGGUCUUCUUCACCGCGACCUCAAGAGCGAGAACGUCCUCCUCUGCUCCGAGAACUACAUCAAGCUCGCCGACCUCGGGAUUGCUCGCGAGUGCAAGUCCAAGAUGACGACGGGCAAGGGCACGCCGUACUGGACAGCCCCCGAAGUCUAUACGUCCGGCAGCAACUACAGCUUUGCAGCUGAUAUCUACGCAUUUGGCGUCAUUUUGUCCGAGCUGGACACACUGCUGCUGCCAUAUGCAGAUGUCCCGGGUAUCAAUUUCUGGGGUAUCAUGGACCGAGUCCGCAACGGCACGCUUCGGCCGAGUCUGACGCCGACUUGCGCGCCCUGGCUCAAAGAGCUCGCGACAGCGUGCUUUGCGUCCGACCCGACGCAGCGUCCGACAGCCCACGACGUUGUCAACGUCCUUGAACGCCAGCUCAACCACGCCAAUUCUGAGAUGCCGCCAACUUUACUCCGUCGCAAACCGAGUGCAUCGACGCCUCUGAUAGCUCAGGUGGCACCGGUAUCUCGUCAGCAAGACUCAUCGUUGGGCUCCUCGGCGCCGCUUUCUGCGAGCCACCUGCUGUCGCGCAUACCUGAAGUCGAGCUUACCCCCCACGAAUCACCGCCAGAGAGUGGCAACGCCAAGACGGAUGCGGGCGGAAGCAUCGAGAAGGUCGUGGCCAACGAUCUCAUUUGUCAACGGUGUACCGCGACCAACAGCUUCCUGGACGACGCCUGCGAGACAUGUCACGAGUCGUUGCCACCAUCGUCGCAAAGGCUUGCACUGUUUGUGGAGCGGCUGGAAGUGGCGGCCGCGCAAGGCCUUCGCGUUGAAUCGACCAUCCCGUGUCAUACGUGCAGCACGGCUUACCCAAUGACGACAGCCGAGUGCGACGACUGCGGCGACGCGUUCCCCGCGGAUACCGUCAAGAUUCGCAUGCUGCUCAAGCGCCUCGAGCUCGCACGUAGCAGCAACCCGAUAGUAUAAAUCGGGUGAAACUGACCCGAGUGCCAUGGACAGUUUUUGGAUCCACAAGACCCACUUUUGAUUGGUGGAUGUGGUUGAAGGAAAGGGUUAUCGAUGCAAAGCCCCGUAUUGCGCAUCGAGCAAGCGGCCAACGCGUAAGCCACGUGAUCCAUCGAUCGAUUGAGCG